CGGUGUGUUUGAAAGUGAGGCCAAAGAAGGGGGGAGCGCGUGCUUCUGGGAGUUUGGUGGUUGGCGGCGCGGGGCUGACGGUCGUCAGGCCGAGCGAUCAUGUCGCACAAACAAAUUUACUAUUCGGACAAAUACGACGACGAGGAGUUCGAGUACCGGCAUGUCAUGUUGCCCAAGGACAUAGCCAAGCUGGUCCCUAAAACCCAUUUGAUGUCCGAAUCUGAAUGGAGGAAUCUUGGCGUGCAGCAGAGUCAGGGAUGGGUGCAUUAUAUGAUCCACGAACCAGAACCUCACAUCUUGCUGUUCCGGCGACCGCUGCCCAAGAAGCCAAAGAAAUGAAGCCGGCGAGCCACCUUUCAGCCUCGAGCUUUCACAGCUGUCCUCACUUGCUAACAUCUUCCUAAUGACAUUAUGUUGCCUUCUUGUUUCUCACUUUGAUAUUUAAAGGAUGUUUAAAAUACACUGUUUGAAUGUGCUGGCGACUACUUUGCUUCCUGAGCAGAGCCAGCAGUACCACGGCCCAGCCAGACGAGUGCUCUUGGGGCUGCAGCCUCUGCCGAGUGUGACCCCAGAAACCACAGUGAGCUCUGUAUUCGACACAACACACUUGGCAGAUGGAGGAAGCCUCUGAGUAUAAAGACCAUGGCUGUUACAGGGAUUGUGUAAACUUGCCAUUUUGUUUUUUCCUGCCAGGUGUUGUAUGUAUGGCGAUCCAUGUUUCAAUGUAUUGGAAACUUUCCAUUUUAUUCAAGAAGUCUGUUUCAUGUUAAGUCUUGAUUAAAGAAGAAGUUUUUAUAAUUC